AUGUCUACGCCGAACAACACUCUACGCCAGCGCGGCCCUAAAGAGCAACAGAAAGCCAAUGGGAAACCGAAAGAUGACCUGCGGAGUGUGCUCGAUUCUCCCAAACAGGCUAAUGUGAGCGAGUGGGACUAUAAGCUGGCAUUGGCCAUUAUCACUGCAUUGGCCUUCGUGACCCGAUUCUUUGGCAUCAGUCACCCGAACGAAGUCGUCUUCGACGAGGUGCAUUUUGGAAAGUUUGCUUCCUACUACCUACAACGCACCUACUUCUUCGAUGUGCACCCUCCCUUCGGCAAACUACUCUUUGCUUUUGUUGGCUGGCUCGUAGGAUACGAUGGCGAGUUCAAGUUCGAAAAUAUUGGCGACUCUUACAUUACCAACAACGUUCCCUAUGUCGCCUACCGAGCCUUGCCUGCGCUUCUCGGAUCUCUAACUGUCCCGACCGUCUUCUUGAUCAUGUGGGAGUCUGGUUACUCCCUCCCAGCCUGUGUCCUCUCGGCUUGCUUAGUCCUCUUCGACAACUCCCAUAUCGGUCAAACCAGGCUCAUCCUCCUCGAUGCGACCUUGGUCUUCUUCAUGGCCACCAGCGUGCUUUGCUAUGUUCGCUUUUACAAGCAGCGACACUUGCCCUUUGGCCGCAAGUGGUGGAAGUGGCUACUGAUGACUGGCUUCAGCAUGAGCUGCGUCAUCUCGGUCAAAUAUGUCGGAACCUUCAUCUUUGUCACCAUCGGCGCAGCCGUCUGCAUUGACUUGUGGGGUUUGCUCGAUAUCAAUCGCAAGGAGGGCGCAUUGGACAUGGUCACAUUUGCCAAGCACUUUGCUGCUCGAGCUGUAGGCUUGGUCAUCGUGCCAUUCAUGUUCUAUCUUUUCUGGUUCCAAGUCCACUUCGCCGUUCUCACCCGGUCUGGACCCGGUGACGACUUCAUGACCCCCGAAUUCCAGGAAACCUUGAGCGACAACAUCAUGCACGCUUCGGCUCUGGACAUCCUCUACUACGACCAGAUCACGAUGCGACACAAGGAUACCAAGGUCUUCCUCCACAGCCACGAUGAGAAGUAUCCGCUCCGCUACGACGAUGGCCGCAUUUCCAGCCAGGGCCAGCAGGUCACCGGCUAUCCUUUCAACGACACUAAUAAUGUUUGGGAGAUAUUACCCAACACUCCUAACCCGGAUGGCUCCCAUCGUGGCUCGGCUGUUAUGAACCACGAUGUUGUCAAACUACGCCACGUCGGCACGGAUACAUUCCUUCUCAGUCACGAUGUUGCGUCGCCAUACUAUCCCACCAACCAAGAGUUCACUACUGUCAGCCCAGAGCUUGCUGCCGAGAAGCGCCACAAUGAUACCCUGUUUGAGGUGAGAAUCGAACAAGGGAAGAAGAAGACGCCCUUCCGCUCCAAGUCCGGCCAGUUCAAGCUGGUCCACUUCCCCACCAGGGUCGCUAUGUGGACGCACACCAAGCCACUUCCCGAGUGGGCGCACAAGCAGGCCGAAAUCAACGGCAACAAGAACAUUCAGCAGCCCUCCAACAUUUGGUACGUUGACGAGAUCGCGAACAUCCCUGAAGAUUCGCCGCGCUUGAGCAAGGAGCCUCGCAAAGUCAAGCACGUGCCCUUCUUGAAGAAGUAUUUCGAGCUGCAGCGCAGCAUGUUCGCCCACAACAAUGCACUUACCUCUUCACACCCAUACGCCUCUUUGCCAUUCCAGUGGCCUUUCCUGCUUCGUGGCGUCAGUUUCUGGACCCAGGAGUCGACCCGGCAGCAGAUCUACUUCCUCGGUAACCCGAUAGGCUACUGGAUCGCAUCGGCCAUCCUCGCCGUUUUUGGCGGCAUCUGGGCCGCCGACCAGCUUUCAUUGCGCCGCGGCAUAGAUGCUCUUGAUCAGCGAACUCGUUCUCGUCUCUACAACAGCACCGGCUUCUUCUUCCUCUGCUGGGCUGCCCACUACCUUCCCUUCUACCUCAUGGGUCGUCAGCUCUUCUUGCAUCACUACCUACCCGCGCACCUCGCCUCAUGCCUCGUCGCCGGAGCCAUUGUCGAAUUUGUCUUCAACGUCGAACCCAAUGUCGACCUGGACUCCCCCACCGCCGUAGCUUCCAAGAUCAGCGAGAAAUCGAAGCAGUAUGUUCCGUCAGCAGUGCAGGAGAAGGCGGCAGCCGGGAGGCGGAGGUUCCAGACGGCCAAGGAGCGCAUGGCGGGCCAGAGCCUGCUGCCGACGUGGAUUGCGGUGGCGGUGAUUCUCGCAGCCGUGCUGUACGGCUUUGUGUUCUUCUUCCCACUCACUUAUGGCUGGCCAGCCCUCGAUAUCGCGCAGGUGAACCGCCGGAAGUGGCUGGGCUAUGAUCUCCACUUUGCGAAAUGA